GGCGCCGGCGAACAGGCGGACACGCGGAUCCGCCUGCCGAGGACGGGAUUCCGGGCCGCACUGCGCAUGCCCCGCAGCCACGGCCGGCGGAGGCGGUGGUUCCCGGCGGCGCGCUGCGCGCGGCGGCAAUUAGUAAUUGUCCUGCUGUUCCCGGGAGGCGAAGGCGCGUGGGGCGCGGCUUCGCGGUGGCACCCCGCACCGAGGGGCAGCCGGGCCGAUGAGAGCACCGCUUCUCGGUGCCCUGUAGAGGUUUCUCAGAGAGAGAAGCACGGACCGGUUCCGAGCCCUCCGGACCGUCCGCGGGGAAUAACCUGCGCGCGGGGCCGAGGGAGGGACUGCGAGGCCGCGGAGAGGAAGGUGCAAUGGCCAGGAAUUUACCUGUCAUCUUGAUCCUGACCUUUACCUUGUCAGUCACAAAUCCCCUUCAUGAACUGGAACCUGCAACUGCUUUCCCUCAGACCACUGAGAAAAUUACUCCGAAUUGGGAAUCUGGCAUUAAUGUUGACUUGGCAGUUACUGCGCGGCAACAUCAUCUACAGCAGCUUUUCCGUCGCUAUGGAGAAAAUAAUUCCCUGUCAGUUGAAGGGUUCAGAAAAUUGCUUCAGAAUAUAGGCAUAGAUAAGAUUAAAAGAAUCCGUAUACACCAUGACCACGAGCAUCACUCUGACCAUGAUCAUCACUCUCACCGUAAUCAUGCUGCUUCCGGUAAAAAUAAUCGGAAAGCUCUUUGCCCAGACCAUGACUCUGAGAGCUCGGGUAAAGAUCCUAGAAACAGCCAGGGGAAAGGAUCUCAUCGAUCAGAACAUGCCACUGGUAGAAGGAAUGUUUUAAUCAAAGAUGGUGUUGCUGCUAGUGAAGUGACCUCAACUGUGUAUAAUGCUGUCUCUGAAGGAACUCACUUUCUAGAGACAAUAGAAACUCCAAAACCUGGAAAACUUCUCCCCAAAGAAGUGAGCAGUUCCACUCCACCCAGUAUCACAGAAAAAAGCCGGAUGAGCCGGCUGGCUAGUAGGAAAACAAAUGAAUCUGUGAGUGAGCCUAGAAAAGGCUUUAUGUAUUCCAGAAACACAAAUGAAAAUACUCAGGAGUGUUUCAAUGCGUCAAAGCUGCUCACGUCUCAUGGCAUGGGCAUCCAGGUCCCAUUGAAUGCAACAGAGUUCAACUACCUCUGCCCAGCCAUCAUCAAUCAAAUUGAUGCCAGAUCGUGUCUGAUUCAUACAACAAGUGAAAAGAAAGCUGAAAUCCCUCCAAAGACCUAUUCUUUACAAAUAGCCUGGGUUGGUGGCUUUAUAGCCAUUUCCAUCAUCAGUUUCCUGUCUUUGCUGGGUGUUAUCUUAGUGCCUCUCAUGAAUCGGGUGUUUUUCAAAUUUCUGCUAAGUUUCCUUGUGGCAUUGGCCGUUGGGACAUUGAGUGGUGAUGCUUUUUUACACCUUCUUCCACAUUCUCAUGCAAGUCACCACCAUAGUCACAACCAUGAAGAACCAGCAAUGGAAAUGAAGAGAGGGCCACUUUUCAGUCAUCUAUCCUCUCAAAACAUAGAAGAAAGUACCUAUUUUGAUUCCACGUGGAAGGGUUUGACAGCUCUGGGAGGCUUGUAUUUCAUGUUUCUUGUUGAACACGUACUCACAUUGAUCAAGCAAUUUAAAGAUAAGAAGAAAAAGAAUCAGAAAAAACCUGAAAAUGAUGAUGAUGUGGAGAUUAAGAAGCAGUUCUCCAAGUAUGAAUCUCAACUUUCAACAAAUGAGGAGAAAGUGGAUGCAGAUGAUCGACCUGAAGGCUAUUUACGGGCAGACUCACAAGAGCCCUCCCACUUUGAUUCUCAACAGCCAGCAAUCUUGGAAGAAGAAGAGGUCAUGAUAGCUCAUGCUCAUCCACAAGAAGUCUAUAAUGAAUAUGUACCCAGAGGGUGCAAGAAUAAAUGCCAUUCGCAUUUCCAUGAUACGCUCGGCCAGUCAGACGAUCUCAUUCACCACCAUCAUGACUACCAUCAUAUUCUCCAUCACCACCACCACCAGAACCACCACCCCCACAGUCACAGUCAACGCUACUCUCGGGAGGAGCUGAAAGAUGCCGGUAUUGCCACAUUGGCCUGGAUGGUGAUAAUGGGCGACGGCCUGCACAAUUUCAGCGAUGGCCUAGCAAUUGGUGCUGCUUUUACUGAAGGUUUAUCGAGUGGUUUAAGUACUUCUGUUGCUGUGUUUUGUCACGAGUUGCCUCAUGAAUUAGGUGACUUUGCUGUUUUACUAAAGGCUGGCAUGACUGUUAAGCAGGCUGUUCUUUAUAAUGCUUUGUCGGCCAUGCUGGCAUAUCUUGGAAUGGCAACAGGAAUUUUCAUUGGUCAUUAUGCUGAGAAUGUUUCUAUGUGGAUAUUUGCACUUACUGCUGGCUUAUUCAUGUAUGUUGCUCUGGUUGAUAUGGUACCUGAGAUGCUGCACAAUGAUGCUAGUGACCAUGGAUGUAGCCGCUGGGGAUAUUUCUUUUUACAGAAUGCUGGGAUACUUUUGGGGUUUGGAAUUAUGUUGCUUAUUUCCAUAUUUGAGCAUAAAAUUGUGUUUCGUAUAAAUUUCUAAUAGGGUAUAGAUGCUAGAGUAGCUUAAAAAACAUUGCUGUCUAUAGUUUGAAUAGGUCAUAGGGAGAUGAGAGUCUGUAUCCUGUGAUAUGCAGCAUUUAAGAUUAGUGGAUUUUGUGAUUUUUGUAUUGAAUAUUGCCAUUCGUUAUGCUUAUAAGGUCAGUUAUGGUGGUAACAUAAAGGUACGUUUUAAUAUUUAAGUUAUUCUAUUUUGGGAAUAUAAGCUAUAUGUGCAAUUGACCAAUUUUACCAGUUUAUUGUAUAAACAAGAGAUUUGGCAUGACGUGUUCUGUAUAUUUCAGGAAAAAUGUCUUGAAUGCUUUUUCUAGAACUAAUUUAAUACAGUAAUUCCCAUGCUGGAUUUUAGGCCUCUGAAGAACUGCUGGUCUUUAGGAGUCAGAAUACGCACAAAGCCUAAGAUACCUAAAGGUUGAACUGAAUUUAAGCUAAGAAAUAAGGAGAAAAAGAGAAGAAUCUGUAAAAAUUAAGAAGGCAUAGAUUUCUU